CAAAGCUUGCGCGGAGGAACAAGAUCACACGCUUCCUCUCUCGAGCCCGUUUAAAUCUUCCAAGAUUUAGUUUCGCGAUCGAUCGAGCAAAACGUCAUCUUCGUCGUUAUUGUUCGAAUAUCCGUUGAAUGCAUACGCGCGUGUUUUGAUUAGUGGUGCAGUGUGGAGGAGCUGUGAGCUCUAUAAGGUCAAUUUGAUCGUUAUCUACGGACGCAUGCGUGAAUGCGUUGAUACAACUCGGGAGUCUACAUCUUCUAAGUGAAUUGCUAACUGCCACCGUAUUGCCAAAGUGUGGGGAUUUGCUAUUUGUUUACACUGAAGAUUGGCAACCUAGUGGAAGACGGAUGGCGCCGGGCGGUAAUCUUCCCCAAAAUCGUUUGAAUUUGAAGGCUGUGUGGAUCAUGUGUCGUUGAAUUUGGUUCAAUCGCGCAAUUGGGAGUAAUUGAUUGCUUCAAUACGGGCUGGUACUUGAAAAGUGGUGUGCAAAUAUAGGACGAAAAUCACGUCGACAGUAUGGUACUUGAGAGAUUGGGAGGAUUCAAUGGAAGUGCGUUCAAGAAUCAGUAUUAUCCGAACAGUCAUCGUGGCAACUGGUGGUACCUACAAUCUGAAGAUACCGGAAGGAUUUCGAACCAACCAGAUAUAGAGAGAACCUGUUGAACUGUUACUAUAUUACAUUAACCUGAUACUCUGGUGAAAUGUGUGAGGAAUUCUGCUAGUCGUCAGCAUGGAAGCCAAAAUUACCCAUAAUCCAGAGCUGUGUGAUUCCUUCACCAACUACCGGGAACUAUCCAAAAAGGGUCAAGACAGAAAGUACAACGAUUUCCAUGAGCUGCAAGCCAACUUCAAGGAACUGCAAGUCAAAGACAAAUCCAAAACCAAGCAAAUGAUGAGAAAGGGAAAUCGCAAAAAGAAAAAGAAGAAAAAGCAAAAUAAGUUUCAUUUCGAGGGUGAAACCUUCAAGGAUCCGGAUCCGUACCAGCUAGCAGUCCGUAAAACUAAGUAUGAAUCGCAGAAAGGCAAAUUUGUGUUCGAAGGGGAGAAAUUUGCGGACCCGGACCCGUUUGGAUUGGCCAUUCGAAAGACGUCCCUUAGUAGCUACGAUGACAAGGAUGUACGCCACGAAUAUAUGUCGCAAUUGAAUCAUGCACAUCCCAGGUUGGUGCACGGUAGUAUGGAAUACUACAACAAGGAUGCCUAUAUAGGAAAGCUAGAUGGCGAAGACGAAGACGACGAUGAUAGCUCCCUUGAUGAAGAACAGCAGGGAUGUUGCAAUCGGGCAGCUUUGUCGCAAUUUCUGGCAGUUAGUGUAAAGAACGUGCUGCUUCUAGGGUAUGGAAUGACUCUGGGGUUCUCAACUAUCGUUAUUCCCGCUAUUCAAGGAGGUGAGGGUCGCGGACCAAGCAUGGAAGAAGGUUUCACUCUCAGUAGAGAUGAAAUAUCUUGGCUUAGUUCUAUAAAUCUCAUCUGUGUGCCAUUGGGAUGCUUGUUCUCUGGAAUGCUGACUCAACCGAUAGGAAGACGGCGUGCAAUGCAAAUAGUGAAUAUCCCCAUGUUCAUCGCAUGGAUACUAUUUCACCUGGCAGACGACGUGCAUUUCCUGUAUUGCGGACUAGCACUGGCAGGAUUCAGUGGCGGGCUAAGCGAAGCGCCGGUCCUUACAUACGUAGCGGAAAUUACUCAACCACGUUUUCGUGGUAUGCUAGCAGCAACCGGAUCUACCUGUGUGAUUCUCGGUGUGCUCAUUCAGUUCUUCAUGGGUAGUUUCUUGCGGUGGCGAACCGUGGCACUCUGCAGUGCCUGCAUCCCAGUGAUUUCCUUCAUCCUACUAUUCUUCGUACCAGAAAGUCCCGUUUGGCUUGCCAAAAAGCAUAAGCCAAAACAAGCUCGUCGAGCUUUGGCUUGGUUGCGAGGUUGGGUACCGGAAGAACAGAUAGAACAAGAGUACAGUGACUUGGUGAAACACAUGGAGGAGAUUUCCGAACGAGAAAAAGAUUUCACUGCUGCCAAAAAGAUGAAACUUUACACUAGUCGACCGUUCCUGAAGCCAUUCGGACUAAUCACUCUGUGUUUCUUCAUUGGACACUUUUCCGGAAUGACUACGCUGCAAACUUAUGCUGUCCAGAUUUUCCACACGCUUAAAGCACCAAUCGACAAGUACUAUGCCACUAUACUGCUUGGCGUGUCGGAGCUGCUUGGUACCCUUUUUUGUGUGGGUCUUGUACGCUUCAGUGGGAAACGUCCCUUGGUGUUCGUCUCUACGAUAGGAUGCGCCAUUUGUUUCUUCUCCGUUGCCAGUUAUGCUUACUUUUUGCACAUGAUUCCCGGACCAUCGGUGAACAACGUUGUGGCCAAUGUUUCAGCCAUCAGGACGGACGUUCGCGUUAUACCCCUGAACCACACAGAAGUCCUUUCGAUUGCUACUGAUGACAGUUUAGCUGCCUUGGUUCAAAAUACUACCAACGAACUAUCUUUUUUGAAACAUAAUGAUUCAACCGGUGUAAUAUACGAUAAUCUUAAUUUUAACCCGUUGUACAUAAACGGUUCCUAUGAUGAUACCGUCAAUACGGAUAUCCGUUACGGAGAAUAUGUUCGUACAGUAUUUCCCAGAGAUGUUCUAGUCAAUAUUCCUAAUGCCAACGAAAACAAAUAUCUCUGGUUACCAUUAACGCUUCUUCUAGGGAGUGCAUUCCUAACUCAUAUGGGUAUACGGUUAAUUCCGUGGAUGUUGAUUGGUGAGCUGUUUGCUCCUUCUAUCCGUAGUGGAGCAUCCGGGAUCGCCGGUGGAACAGGCUACAUAUUUGGAUUCCUCGCUAAUAAACUCUUCCUAAAAAUGUUGGCCACUUUCACCCUGCCAGGAACCUUCUGGAUAUACUCCGCGAUUACAGUCUUUGGUACUAUCAUAUUGCAUAAGUUCCUCCCUGAGACGGAAGGCAAAAGCUUAGUAGAGAUAGAGCAAUAUUUUGCAACGAAACGAAAGGAUAGCAUUCAUUUAGAUCUAGACUUGGAAGCUCCCCCUAAACCCAAACCAAGAUCAUCGAUAUCAUCUCUAACAGCUGUUCCUCCACCGCUGCCACCAAGAUCACAUCCACUGAAAGACGAUCUUGGGCGAAUCCGGAAAACAUCACAUAUUGCUCAAUCUCGCAAGAUGUCAGAGACAUCAAACCCUUCUCGAAAAAUAUCAACAACUUCCACCAAAUCGCGAAGAUCCAGCUCUUCUAACCAGUCAGCUCAAUCUUACAAUUUACACGAUGCGGUAACACCAGUUGAAGCAGUAAUGGAAAACUAUCGCAAAAUAUCUGCCAGUAAAAUGCCUGUCACGCCACCUGCGGUGGUACCUUCUAGUCAAUACCCUAUUAGCGUUGUACCCCCCAGAACAACAGCCAUAACUGUCACUCAACCUGAGGAACCAACGCACUUCACCACAACACAACGAUAUAGAAAGAUAUCGGACGCAAAGCGCAAAAUAAGCACCGUACUUGAUCCAGUCAUAGAAGGUAUAGUGCAGACUACGCCCACAAGAGUGCAACCACCCCAUUAUCACCGUCACAAGAGGCAUGGGAAACCGACGUCGUUGGAAGGAUUUGAUGUCCGAACCUGGGAUAGCAAUAUCAAGUUCGAGAAAAUGCUUCGAAAACGACGAAAAAGUAUAGAUCGCGAUGACGAUGAUGAUGAUGAUGACAACUAUAAGGAUGAUGGACAGGGUUCGAACACAUCGAUCAGCCAGCAUGAUCUGCGACAGUUGAAGCAACACAUCCAGCAACGGGAUGCUCACCUGAUGGCCAUGGGCCGACUAAGAAGCAGACAGAACUCGGGAAGUUUGAACAUGCUGAACAAAGUCGGACUGGACAAUCGUGCCUUUGUGGGUAGCGAUCAGAGCGUAAAUGAAACCCAGAUGUAAUGUUAACAGCUGAAAGAGGGCGAAUUUAUAGGAUUCAAAUAAAUGCGCGAAAACUAGUUACUGUUGUAA